ACCAGAGUGAGGCACAGAAAGGGUGGUGGAUUUGAAAUGUUACCUCGAACUUCACGCAAACCUUGAUCCGAGCUGCGACUGAACAAGGUUUGUUAUUUCUGCCUGUGACUAAGUACUGAAAUUGACCCGGAGACGGGGUAGUCCUGUCCGUGGUGCUGAAAUGUGAAUAGGCCUGUGCUUAAAUCAACAGUGGUGAGCGUCACUGAGUUGGACGUCCAAUGUUCGGCAGCUUUCCUCCAGAAUAACUGAAACGGCAUCCAAGAAGACAGAUUAACCUGGGAGGCAAAAGAUAUUAUUUUCCUUCUUCAUUUCGUGAAGGAAUUAAAUAGAAUGAAAGAAUGACUUGUUGCAAAAUUAGAAGACAAAAUUAAACGUACAGUGUUUUGAAUAUUUGGAUGAAGUUUAUUGCAUUUCUUGAGUUAAUAAUUAUGAAAAAAGUGACGAAACAUUAAUGAGCCCGAGAAGGCUAUUCUCACAGUUUGUUUUAUGAUUUCUUUUUAUUACCGUGACUGUAACCUGGAGAAUGUGAAACUCAUAAUUUGCUUUCACUCAAGUGCAAAACCAACAAACCACUUACUGAAUGUCAGUUCAUCUCUGCAUCAUAUUAGACAACACAGCUGAAGGUGUUAAGAGUAUAUCUUCAUCUUUCCAAUACAAUAUACGCUGGACUUUUCAGGGUCAAAUAUCAACAGUCUGUGAAUGAACCCCUCCUGCUCAUCGCCAGGCUCUGAAUGUUCUCAGGAAAAUGCUGAUCCUCUUCUGGACAUUAAGAGGUUUUCUGCUGAAGCUUACUAAUCAUCCUCGAUGGUACCACCCUCAGAAGCAAAGAUAUUUUGUGAAAUUAAAAUAUUUCCCAUCUCUAUGGCAGUUGAUUUUGGGAUUAUCAGCUCUAAUGUACCAAGCAGAUUCACUUACAUUCAGGAUUGGAGUUGUUGGACCAUGGCAUUGUGACCCACAUUUUUCGAAAGCUCUCCCAGGAAUGGCUGCUAAGUUGGCCAUGGAUAGGAUCAAGAGAGAGAAGGUCCUACAAAAUGUAUAUGUACUUGAAUAUGCAGUGCUCCAAGAUGACUGCCAAACUUCAAGGGCCCUCACAAACUUUAUGGAGUUUAAUAAAGAUAUCUCUGUGUUUCUGGGUCCAGUGAACCCAGGUUACUGUGAGGCAGCUUCAUUGAUGGGCAAGCAUUGGAAUAAGGGAAUAUUUUCAUGGGCCUGUGUUAACUUUCAGCUUGAUAACACCGAGAGCUACCCAACAUUUACGAGGACCUUGUUAUCUCCUGUCAGGGUUUUGUUUAGCGUGAUGAAACACUUUCUCUGGGCCCACGUUGGUAUAAUAUCUUCAAAUGAAAACAUCUGGGUAGAUACUGCCAACAAAGUGGCCAACGCACUCCGAUACAAAGGUCUUCCAGUCGGGAUUGUCAGCUCAAUGGGGUACACCAAUGAAGAUAUUUUGGAAACCUUAACGAAGAUUAAAAAUGUUCCAGAUCUUCGAGUGAUUGUUAUGUGCAUGCACUCCGCUCUCAUCGGAGGUGAGCAGCAGUCAAUCUUCCUACAGAAAGCCCAUGACCAGGGGCUGACGGACGGGAGAUACGUCUUCAUACCAUACGACACUUUACUCUACAGCCUACCUCACAAGAACACUACUUACUCCGCACUGAGAAGCAAAACCAAGCUGCUGGCUGCCUAUGACGCUGUCUUGACCAUAACAAUGAACGCCGACGAGAUGUCCUUUUACGAGGCUUUUAGAAAGGCGCAAGAGAGGGGAGAAAUAGCAACAUCCCAGCUUGCAGAGCAGGUUUCCCCGCUUUUUGGAACAAUUUACAAUGGCAUCUAUUUCAUCGCCAAGACCAUGGAGAACGUGCUGAGACAUGGAGUCUAUAUCUCAGGGAUGACACUUGCCAAUUAUACUAAGAAUUUGAACUUCACUGGUUUCAAUCAGAAGAUCGAGACCAGGGAACGAGGCGAAGGGAUAGCAAACUAUGUCAUCUUGGACACCGAUGGGGAGAGUCACCAGCUGCUAGCUACCUACACGAUCAAUAUGGCAACUGAAACUCUGCAGCCUGGAGGUAAUGGAAUUCAUUUCCCCAGGGGAUCACCUCCGAAUGCUGACUCUGACUGUUGGUUUGAGCCAAAUAUCAUUUGCACUGGAGGCAUCGAGUUGAUAGUUGUGAUACUGGGUUUUGGGUUCAUCAUUGGCCUGGUACUGUGUGGACUUGUCGUUGUCUACUUUGUCAGGUGGCGAAUGCAGCUCAUACAGAUGGUGAAGGGGCCCAACAAGAUCAUAAUGACCUUCGACGACCUCGCCUUCAUCAACCCACAACUCAGCAAGAAGAAACUAAAUCUGGAUGAGCUGAGCGAUGGAAGAAGUAUGUCUGAGCAUAAAAGUGUGAAGUCUCUGGGCCAGUCGCUGUCUGGGCGAAGUUCUGCCGCGGCAACUCAUGAGAACUCAAACGUGGCAGUGUACGAGGGGGACUGGGUCUGGCUAAAGAAAUUGGACUCCAGAUGUAACCAAGAGGUGCAGAAAUCUACAACCAAAAUAUUGAGAAAGAUGCGAGACCUGCGGAAUGAGAAUGUAAACCCUUUCUUGGGCUUCCUGAGUGACAAUGGAGUGCUGGCCAUUGCCACUGAGUACUGUUCCCGGGGCAGCCUUCACGACCUUCUACGCAACGAAGACGUGAAGCUUGACUGGAUGUUCAAGUCCUCUCUCCUUCUGGAUCUAAUCAAGGGUAUGAAAUACCUUCACCACCGAGACUUCCCCCACGGACGUCUGAAAUCCCGUAACUGUGUGGUAGAUGGGCGGUUCGUACUGAAGGUCGCGGACUAUGGCUAUGUCGAGAUACUGGAUACACAGAAAGUUCCUCACGAGACACCACCCCCGGAAGAAUUGUUCUGGACGGCUCCUGAGUUUCUGAGGGAUCCUGAGUUAUCCAGGAAGGCGACAGUAAAAGGAGACACUUACAGUUUCGCCAUCAUCCUGCAGGAAGUCGUGGUCCGUGGGUCUCCCUACUGUAUGUUGGGGCUCAGCCCUGAAGAGAUAAUAAAGAAAGUGAAGAAGCCACCUCCGAUGUGUCGGCCCACAGUCUCCCCAGAUCAAGCACCUUUGGAAUGUAUCCAGCUUAUGAAGCAGUGCUGGAGUGAGCUUCCAGACCGGAGGCCUACCUUCAACGAGAUCUUCGAUCGAUUCAAAAUCAUAAACAAAGGGAAGAAGACCAACAUCAUUGACUCCAUGUUGAGAAUGUUGGAGCAGUACUCCAGUAACCUGGAGGAUCUAAUCCGAGAGCGAACAGAAGAGCUGGAAGUCGAGAAGCAGAAAACAGAGAGGCUCCUCUCGCAAAUGCUGCCCCCAUCUGUUGCAGAAGCACUGAAAACAGGCGGCAAUGUGGAGCCCGAGUAUUUUGACGAGGUGACCAUCUACUUUAGCGACAUUGUUGGUUUCACCACGAUAUCGGCAAUGAGUGAGCCCAUCGAGGUCAUCGACCUUUUAAAUGACCUCUACACUUUGUUCGAUGCAGUUUUAGGCAAUCAUGAUGUUUACAAGGUCGAAACCAUCGGUGAUGCUUACAUGGUGGCGUCAGGGCUCCCGAAGAGAAACGGCAACAAACACGCCGCAGAGAUCGCCAACAUGUCCCUGCACCUCCUCAGCUCGGUGGGCUCUUUCAAGAUGAGGCAUAUGCCCGAGGUCCCCAUCAAGAUCAGAAUUGGGAUGCAUUCAGGGCCGUGUGUGGCAGGCGUUGUGGGGCUGACCAUGCCUAGGUACUGCCUCUUUGGAGACACCAUUAACACCGCUUCACGGAUGGAAUCCACAAGCUUGCCCUAUCGAAUUCAUGUCAAUAAGAAUACUGUAAGAAUUCUCCGCACAUUAGAUGAGGGCUAUCAGAUACAGGUCCGCGGACAAACUGAGCUGAAGGGCAAGGGCAUUGAAGAAACUUACUGGCUGGUUGGGAAAGAUGAUUUUACUGACCCUUUACCUGAGCCACCGGCAAUCAAACCAGGGGAGAACUGGCAAAUGACAGUGACCAAAGAGAUUCAGACCCUAUUCCAGAAGGCAAACAAGGCGACAGACAAACAGAAGGAUUGAGCAACGCACACAAAAUUCUGGAGGAGCUCAGCAGGCCAGGCGGCAUCCAUGGAGGGGAAUAAAAAGGCGACAUUUCCGGCCAAGAUCCUUCUUCAGGACUGAAAAGAAAGGGGGAAGAAGGCAGAAUAAGAAGGCGUGAGGGAAGUGAUAAAGUGAGAGACUGCUACUGGAAUCACCUUCACUGUCAAAGCCAAGGGCUUUUUGAAGAAGCCAGGAUGAUAGCUCAUUGCUUUAACAAGAUUAAAGCAGAUCUUGUUAAUUCUGUUCUUCCCAGCACAGCAGAAUGAAACAGAACCCUUCUAUUUAAAGAAGAUAAUAUUCCUUAAUAUUGCUGCAGACCAGAGGAUGAAGACAGGUUCAAUGAAGCCUAACACAAGAAGCAGGAGCAACUAGCAACCAUACAGUAUAAUAGUUCAUGGAUUUCACUUUUCUUAUUAUAGUCAUCUGACAUUAAUUUCCUAUUAGAUCAUAAAACACAGGAGAAGAAUUAGGUCAUUCAGCCUAUUGACUCUGCUCAGCCAUUCCAUCAUAACUGAUUUAUUAUCCCUCUCAAUGCAUUCUCCCGCUUUCUCCCUGUAACCUUUGAUCCUCUUACUAAUCAAGAACCUAUCAGCCUCCACUUUAAAUACACCAAUUGACUUGGUCUCCACACACAUCUGUGGCAAUGGAUUCCACAGAUUUACCACCCUUUGUCCAAAGAAAUUCCUCCUUAUCUCUACUCUUUUGUUCUGAGGCUGUGCCUUCUGGUCCUGGACUCCCCCACUAUAGGAAACAUCCUCUCCACAUCCACUCGAUCUAGGCUUUCAAUAUUCAAAAAGUUUCAAUUAGAUCCUCCCCCCCCCCAUUCUUCUAAACUCCAGCGGGUACAGGCUCAGAGCCAUCAAACGCUCCUCACGCUCCACCCUUUCAUUCCCGGGAUCAUUCUCGUUUACCCCUUCCAGACCCUGUCCAUUGUCAGCGCAUCCUUUCAUAGAUAAAGGGCCCAAAACUGCUUGGAGACGUUCCAAUCCUGACACACGAGGCUGUUGGUCACCAGUGCUGUUUUAUUUGAGAAGAGAACAAAGUGACAGGGUGCUCGAAGGCUAUGUUGCAUGUUCUUCCAUGGUACACAGAGAGGGGGCCCUGUCUGUCACCUGCAAUGAACCCAGGUGAUCAGAACACUGGGACAACCCCUCACUCUUCCCCGUUCAUCUCUCUCCACCAGCCUAACCAUUAACCCCAUUAUAUUCAUGUAAAGCCUUACAUGAACAUGGCAGUGUAGCAGGUCCUAUAACAGUGGCAGUGACGAUCGAUCAGGUUUCAGUUCCUGUCGCUGCCUGUAAGGAGUUUGUACCUUCUCCCCGUGACCGCACGGUUUCUCUUCUGGCUGCUCCGGUUUCCUCCCUCGUUCCAAGACAUAUGGUUAGGGUUAGUGAAUUGUGGGCAUGCUAUAUUGGUGCCGGAAUUACAGUGAAUCCUGUGGUUUUCCCAGCACAACCCCCACUGAUUUAAUUUGACACAAAUAGUGCAUCUCACUGUGUUUCUUGACGUACAUGUGACAAAUAAAGCUAAUCUUUAUCAAAUGGAACGUUGAGUAGAUGGAGAGAUCAGUUGCCAUGACAUCUGUCUGUCUCCUUUGGUUUGCUCAGUGGGACAAUAACGUGAGACACACUGCCAGUUUUCUCCAAGGAUUGGUAGUGUAUGGGCACUUCAAGCCUUACCUCCACCCUGGGGAAUGUUCUGAUGAUGCUUGUUGAGAGCAAGGAGGUGUGACAGAUUGCCCGACGGCAGGUGGCACUUCUCACCCAAUGGAGAGAGGGUGAAUUGAAGAGUUUGUCAUGCCAGGCCAGUUAUUUUACUCAUUUAAGGAAUGUGGGCUUCCCUGGCUAAGCCAACAUUUAAUUGUCUCCUCCCCAGUGGUGGUGAGCUGCCUUCUUGAACCCGCAAUCAUUGAGUGUGGGUCUGUAGGUUCCUGUACCUCCUCCCUGAUGGUAGUAACGAGAAGAGGGCUUGUCCUGGAUGGUGAGGGUCCUUAGUGAUGGAUGUUGCCUUUCUGAGGCACAUCUUCUUGAAGAUGUCCUCAAUCGUGGGGAGUCUUGAGCCAUGAAGGAGUUGACAACCCUUGCAAUCUCGCGCAUUGGAGCCUCCAUACUAGUCAGCAAUGCAACCAUUCUCUCCAUCAGAUCUGCAGAAAUUUGCUGGAGUCUUUGGUGGUGAGUCUGUCUGGAACGGAUGGAGCUCUUCAGAUGUGUGUCGCACAGAGUUGUUAGGCAGGGACUUCAACAAUUUUGACCCAGCGAUGGCAAAGGGACAGCAAUAUACACCCAGUGGCCACUUUAUUAGGUACCUCCUAUACCUAAUAAAAUGGUAGCUGCAUGUAUGUUCAUGGUCUUCUGCUGCUAUCAAAGUCACUUCCCCAAUCUGAUAUUUAGAUUGAACAACAACUGAACCCCAAUGCAUAAAAGCACACCUGCAUGCAUUGAGUUGCUGCCACAUGAUGGGCUGAUCAGGUAUUUGCAUUAAAGAGCAGGUGUAAUUAAUAAAGUGCAUUUCCAUGUCAGGAUGGUGCGUGGCUUGGAGAGCAACUUCCAGGGGGUGGUGCUCCCCCUGCUUUUGCCGUCCUUGUCCUUCCAGCUGGUAGAGGUGGUGGCUUUGCAAGGUGCUGUGUCAGGAGGCUUGGCGAAUUGUGGCAAUGCAUCCCGUAGAUACAUCAGGUGUGGAGUGAGUGAAUGGUUUUGGAUGGCGUAGCUACCCAACAGGCUGUUAUGACCCAGAUGGUGUCACUCAUCUUGUAAAUACACUGCCUGGAACAAGGCAACGGCAGCCACUUCCGCAGAAAAAUUUGCUAAGAGCAAUCAUGGUCAUGAGACCAGGAUCUCCCAUGCCAUACGCCAUGGCACAUAAUGAUGAUGGAGUUCAAAUUCAUGUGUCGUUGAAGCCACACUCAUCCAGGCGAGAGGAGAGUGUUCCAUCACACUCCUGAAUUGAGCCUUGCAGAUGAUUCAAUGUUCAAAGUACAUUUAUUAUCAAAGUAUAUAUACAAAUUAUAGGCAGACGCAAAACAAAGAAACCCUACAGAACCCAUUAAAAAAGACCUAAUGUGCAGGAAAAGAAACAAAUUGUGCAAACAAUGAAAGUAAGCAAAUAAGAUUCAUGGUGGACACUGAAUGGGAGUUAGGAGGAGAAUUACUUGCCAUUUUCUGACCUGCUCCUGUAGCCACAUUGUCUAGACAGCUAGCCACACAUGGCUACUCCAGUUCAGUUUCUGGUCAAUGAUAACCCCCGGGAUACCGAGAGCUUGGGGGGGGGGGGGUUGGUGGUGCUGUGAUCCAGGGCUGCAGGGCAGCACGAUAGUGUAGUGGUUAGCAUAAGGCAAUUAAAGCACCAGUGACCCCAUUCAAAAAUGCUGUCUGUAAGGAGGUUGUACGUUCUCCCAGUGACCGCGUGGUUUCCCCCCACAUUCUAGAGCUGGGCACACUACACUGGUGCUGGAAGCGUGGCGACACUCGUGGGCUGCCCCCGGUGCAUCCUCGGUCUGUGUUGCUCAUUGAGGCAUUUGAUUUAAUGUUUCAAUGUACAUGUGAGCGAUAAAGCUGACUUUGUAAUGCCCUUGAGUGUCGGGGGUGAUAGCUACAUUAUCUCCAGGUGGAUAUCACCAUUGUCUGGCACUUGGUGGGCAAGAGAGCCCUGGUGGAAGAUGGAGAA